AUGCCUUCGGCGGUGUCGAACCAGAGCAACUACUAUACCGCCCACCACCGGCGUCAAUCUUCUCAGUCGCAAACAAACCUGCCCGAUCAGAUCAGAAAUGCUGGCCCUCAACUCCAGUCGCCAAAUCGAUCACUGGUCUUCCUCCCGUCCACAGCCUAUUCUCCAUCGCAACCUGCGACUCAACGUUCUAGGACGUCCUCAGUCUCUAACCUUUCAAGGUCAACCUCGAGGCUGGAUUCUGUCCCCAAUGAGGAUAUCCAAAAUGACCCACGCGAGUUCUAUCGCCAGUAUCAGGAUCCUUUGGGGAAUUCAUCCCUCGUGGCCCUGCACCAAGAGGCCAUACGAACCGACCCAAUUGAACGGGCAGAAGAGCCGCCCGUCACCGCUCGAACCUCCAGCUUCACCACUGAUGACAGAAUGGCAAGGGGAGCCAAAAGCUCGGGUGGUUCUCGGAAAUUAUCGUUGAAUACUCAGACUUUGCCUAAUGGUACGUAUGAUGGUGGACAUGCGAAAUCUUCUGGACCGAUGCCCAAUUCUUUGAAGUCAAGGAAAGCUUCAUUCAAAGAUCUGGUAGCUCGGUUUGAUGCCUCGCCUGACGACGUCCCACCUCUGCCUACUCAGCAAGUUUCUCGACCCGCCUCGAGAACCGCAAGUCCUAUGCCAUAUGCCUCUGUGGAGACUUCUCACUCUUAUCACCCUCAAGUCAAGCGACUGUCAUCAAGAGUCUCAGAUGCUUCAAGGAGAGCAGGAAGCGCACUGGGAUUCAGAGCCGCCGCAAAUGACCAGUCUACUCACUCGAGGAAUGCAUCUUCUGCUGGAGGGUUGAGUCAAGUAGCCAGCAAUCCCGAAGUCCCGGCUGCUGGCCGGCAAUUGCUGUUCGGCGAAGUUCCCUCCUCUGCGGCCAAUCUUCCAGCAGCGCCGGGAUAUGGCAUUUACAAUGCUCGUCGGCGACGAGGCUCAGAAGGGUCCCCCAUGCAUAGUCCUAAUCCAAUGUUUUCAACGAGACGUGGCCAUCUUCAUUCGCCAGGGCCCCCAAUCUCACCUUCAGCCAUGCACUCCCAUACGUCUGGUUAUGCUUCUAAUGGCCAUCCCCAUUCCCGACCUCCACACCGGCGAGCAAAUAGUGAUGUGCCUGGACCAGCCUCGAAGACCUUCUUGCAUGAAGAUCAAACGCCGUCGAUCAGCACCCGGGGCAGCAGUCAUAAGCACGCGGCCGAUUCGUCGUCAAAAUCAAACGCGCAAUCUCGAAUCCCAGUAAGUACGAGACAUCAACGUAUUGCAUCAGACUCUGCGGCGAUAUCUCCGACUGGUCGUCCAGCUAUCGUCCCUCACCAACAGCUUCCUUUCCGGGCUCUAGAAUCGGGAUUGAAGGCAUCAAAUCCUUCUCCAUCAGGAGAGCGAAAGCAGCACAGUCCUAAGCGGCAGCCACGAUCUCCAGUGCAAAUAAAGAGUCCGAAUAACCGAGGGCGCCCUUCUACAACAGCAAGUGGUGAAAAGAGUCCUUCUCUUCGAGCAAACAUCAUUGCCCCUCCGCCGAAGGUCUCUCCCCCCCUCAGAAGCUCGAGGCCCAGACUCCCUGUGUCUUCCGCUACCACAGCCGCGUCCCGUGCGAAGAUGGCCGAAAAAUUCCAGACUAUGGCCAAGCAGCAAAGUGACAGAAAAGCUUUCAGACGACAGAGACCUCCAGAACUUAGUGAUAUCGAUUUGAAGGCUCGGCGGCUAAAGAUCACACAAGCUUUGAGCCGGUCCCGAGAAGGUCAGGAUCUGAAAGGUGGCAACCCAGAGAAUCGUGACAAUUCAGCCAGCCGUGCAGAUACUAUGACGCCUUCCUUCGAAGAUUCCGACACUUCGGACCAACGGCAAGAAACGCUUGAGAUUCCUGCUGUCGUUGUGAAUGAAGUGCCCACAGACACGUCUGAGGAGCGUGCGUUCUACACCGGCAAUGGAGAGGUCUCUCAAGAUCAACGGGCAUUUACCCAAACGGCUUUGAAGAUCGUUGAAGGAAAUGUGCAACAUUCGGCUGAUGAUGUGGAUUCGCCUACGCUUGGUCAUGCCGAGCCUGCCUUCAAUGGCAUCCCUUUUAGUCUGAACACACAUCUACAACCUGCACGUGACGAACAAGAGCCUCAGUCUGCAGUCACAGAGGGUACCGUGGCGACUGAGGCCACCAUGAUCGAUGCUGAGCCGCAAACGGAUACAUCGCGGCUCCAGACUACUGGGCUAUCACUUCGCAAUCAAAUAAAUGCGCUUCGAAGUCAGGACUCUACCCCACCUCUCUCGUCUGCUUCUCAAGCGUCUGGCGAGCUUUCUGAUCACGCUGAUCAGGUAUCUGUUCAUCUGAUGCUUCGCGACACGACAUAUCUCGACGACGAUGAAGCUGCAGAGAAAGGUUAUCGACCCUUGGUGCCCCUUCCUCAGCCGGAACACGCGCGCCCGCAAAGCGACGGAAGAAACUCGUGGACUUCUUCAAUAGAAGAUAUACCUGAAUCUGAGGCAGGUGACGAGCCUCCUUCUGUUGUCCAGCCGCCUCCGCAGUUUCAGCAUGAAGCAGAGACUACUCAUAUAGAAUCUGAUUCACAUUCGGCGUCCGAUCAGUUGAGUCUUGAGGGUGGCUCGCAUGGUGAGCACCAUGCCAGUGACGCCUACACAAUAGUGAAUAAAGUUCUACAGCAACAAACGCCCUCGGGAGUCGUCGACCAGCAGCUUGUAGAUGAUAUUUACCAUCGCAUCAUUCAGGCUUCGCCAGACCUGGCCGACGCGGAAAACGCAAAUGAGGAAAAAGUGCAGCGGUUGUGUCUGGAGGAACUAGACGAGUAUACCCGUCAAUGGGACCAGCUCGAAACUUCACGUCCGCAAUCAGCCGAGUCUUUUCACGCCGAAGCAGAACCCUAUUCUGGCCAUGACACGAGCGAGGAGCAGCAUGACAAUACCACCAAAUCUCCAGAUAUUCACGGUCCAAGCCAAGUUACCCCACCAGCGCCGCCGGUGCCACCAUCAAGCUACCGAACGCAUCAUCGAUACAAAUCCAGCUUGGACAGUGCAGAAGACUGGGCUGAGACUUCGCCAUCAGUGGGUGACUGGAUGCAAUUUGCUCUGAGAUCACCAACUGAAGAAAGGCAACCAUCUGCCUUGGCUCACGAAACCUUUGCAGACGCUGGAUCAGGAUUCUCGAAGACCGAAAACUAUCAAAGCGUUAACCCAAAUGAGCCUGAGCAGCCGCCGCACGAUUUUCUACCAGUGGGAGCUGAAAGUAACAUUCCACGCCCACCAUCUCACUCUCCACCGCCCCCUCCGCUUGUGAAAAUGCCCACCAUUGAUCAGACUGCCUGGUCUGCCCCAACUGGAAUGAGACCAGCCAUGCCCCAAACGGCGCCACCAGCCAGACCGCUCACGGCGUUAUCGCAGAUGUCUGCCAGAUCAAGCAUUGACCAACAGACGACACAAUCCAGCUUGCAGGAUACCAGGCCAUCCAUGGAUGACCAAAGUCCUGAGCAACGCCGCCUGAACAAAAGAAGACACGUCCUCAAAGAAUUGGUUGAUACCGAAUAUACAUACGAAAGAGACAUGAGAGUCCUGUGCGACAUCUAUAAGCAAACUGCAAUUGCCGCCAUAAAUGACGAGGAUAUCAAGAUUUUAUUUGGCAAUGUGGAUCUUGUACAACAGUUUUCCAAAGACUUCCUGGCGUAUUUGAAGCAGGUCGUUAGGCCAGCUUACGUAAUGGAAAGAUCUGAUCGACGAAAAGAUGGCAAUCGGACCUCGACAGUUCAGAGCUCUGAAGCUUCUAUUGACGGCAUUGGUGAGCUGACCGACUUCGAACGGGACGAACUUACAAGGGUGGGGACCGCAUUCGAAGCCUCAAUAGGCGACAUGGAGAAAGUAUACACCGACUACAUUCGCACGCGACAUGCAGCAAACAAAAGGUUGGAGGCGCUGCAAUCGUCGGCCGCUGUACGAGAGUGGCUUAAAGAAUGCAGCGAGAAUUCAAGCGACAUUACGAAUGCUUGGAGUCUGGACGCACUUCUUGUCAAACCGAUACAACGCAUCACCAAGUAUCCGCUCUUACUCAAUCAACUCCUGGAAGCCACCCCGGAUACUCAUCCUGACGUCGAGUUUAUCCGAAGAGCUGCACUUGAGGUGACUGAGGUCAAUGUGCGGAUCAAUGAAGUAAAGAAGCACACCGAGCUUGUCGAUCAGGUUCUCAACCGCAAGCGGAAAGAGUCUGAUGUUCGAAAUGGGUUGACCAAGGCGUUUGGUCGGCGUGCAGAAAAGUUAAGGCAACAUGUGGGCAUCAACGAGAUGCACGAGGAUGCAGAGUAUACCAAACUCAAGAUCAACUAUGAUAACAACAUUGCGCACCUUUUCUUGGUUACGAAGGAUUGUCAAGGCUAUAUUGAAGAGAUCACCAAGUGGGUUAAUCGCCUGGUGGAGUUGGCAGCCGCAGCCGAGGCAUGGGUCGAUGUUGGACAUACGAACCAUGCGCAAGCCGAGAGCAAACUUCGACAGUUUGCCAUUGUUGUUCGAGGCGUCCAUUCAAUUGCACUUCCCGACCACAACGAGCAGAUCAUAAAACGCGUUGUCCAGCCCAUGGAAAAGACGGCAACGAUGCUCGAAAGGUUUAAAUCCGAUUCCAAAGGACUGAUCCAAAAGCGGGACAAGCGGCUUCUGGACUACAACCAGUUCAAAAACAAGAAAGACAGAGGCGAAAAGAUUGACAAGAAGAUGACUGAGCGCAUGGAACAAUGGGAAGCUCUGAACCUCGAGGCCAAAGAGAGAAUGAAGCGACUUCUCCGAUCAACGGCUGAUCUUGUACACGCUUGUCAGGCCAAUCUUAUUCAGUUGCAUCUCAAUUGGAUGGCCAUGUGCCGGCAAAAAUUCUCGGCCGCAAUGGAGAUACCCUUGGACAAGCUGGAAACGGCCGAUAUCGUCAAAGACUGGCAAGAAGACUUUGAUUUUCAAGAAGCGACUGCAUUGUCCCUGAGCAUCUGUAAUGGAUCAUUGCUAGCAGAGGCAGUGAACAUGGUAUCGUUCUUAACUCCAGGCUCGACAUUGAUGGGUGACGAGUCGCCCCGUCAACCGUCAUGGAACAGCGCACCGAAGCGAUCUGUCUCGACAUCUGAAGACAUGCCCCCGUUGCCAUUAAAGGACCACUAUCACCGGAACAGCGGGGGUCCAAUGAGUUCUCAAAGUGAUGACCACACGGAAUGGAGUUCUUCUACAUUUGCCAAUGGGCGGAUUCGGACCGGCUCAGCUGCAUCUGGGCGGAUCCCCAAAACUCCCGAGACAGGAAGUCGAGGUGUUUCUGCGUCUCUUCAUACCGUCAAUAGCACGAACGUGUCUCGGCCGGGGACUAGUCCAGGACUAUCAGCGGAUAGUAACCAGCCGGCUCCUCGGUUGAGCUUCGAAGCGCCGUCUCCAUCACUUGGCGAACUGUUAACCGAAUCUCCUAUGGCAGUGCGACACGCAUCCUCAUCUACGUUCUACUCGGCAGCUCCAGGACCAAGUCAGUCACAACCCCAUCUGCCGGCUACAAGUGGAGCCAGUGUGUUCUCUUCCGCAAUGCCUAUGGAAGAAACCCCGGAGCCGGAGACAACACCAGCGGUUCCGGAGCCACGCAGAGAGCCCGGUGUUCUAUUUACUGCGGCUAGUGUCUAUGAGUUCAAUAUUGAUCGCUCGCGGCAGCAAGGCGGGUUCCGCUACCUCACAUACGUGAUUGGGGAGAUCUUCGACAUUAUUGCUGAACAUGGAGAACUAUGGCUGGCGAUCAACCAAGACGACCCGACCAGAGAAAUUGGCUGGAUCUGGAACAAGCAUUUUGCCAAACUGGCGGAAUGA